AUGGAAUCUCUUAGAGCGGGGUCUGGUCUGCCGACCAGGCCCGUGGAAGGCUCUCGCAGCAGACGGUUGGCCGAACCCGGAAGUCUGCUGGGCCCGACGAGGCCGUUGAACAGAACAACCAAGAGGGAGGAAGUUCCGCGAUCAUUACCGAGGCCUUCUUCGGGCUCGCGCCCAAGUGCAGGCAGAAGCGUUUCUCAGCCUUCGCCUUCUACUCGACGACCUUCGAUCCCAACACCAACACCACGACCCGGCCUGAACCACCAAGCACAAUCAUGGGGUUCUACCAGCACCUCAACAACUUCUAAUCCCAAUGUCCUUCGAAGGAAGAAGUCGUCCCUGUCCCGCGAUGUCACGACAACUCGCAAUGGAUCAUCUCGAACGAGCUCCUUAUCAUCCCAGCAAAAACAACAGAGCUCGCUUGACCCGGAACGUUUUGGAACACCACUGGAUCGGGAACUCACCUGCAGCCCAGCCGAGAUUCAAGUUGCAGAGGUGAUUGAGGUAACGAAGCCUGGAAGGUCAUCGGUCAUCUACCCUGAGCUCGACCGAUAUCGAAACUUCCGACGACCUUCAGAUAGCUCGGAGACCCAUAUUGAAGUUCCAUUUCGAUUAGCGACACACGACCUUCCGCCUCCUACCCCGGCCAGUUUGCUCUUUUCCGGAACUAGUGGUAGUCCUUCGACUAGGUUUUCGGAAUCUCCUGGACCAGGCCCUUACAGCCGUGACACCACACCGACUUCGAUUGCUUCCCAGUCGCCUUGCCUGAUUGUGCCUCAUCGCAGCAACCCAGUCAAAGGCCGAUUACAAAGUCCUUCUAUCACUAGGCCCCCGGUUACUAGACGAAGGGCUGGCAGCAUCCCGAAUGAGGUCGAUGCCAUCACUGCUGAUCCCCAUGGAUUGGCGUCUGUUAGAGAAUCAUUGGCUUCUUCUUCCUCAAACUCGACUGUUCGAGAAGCCACCAUCAAGAAGCACAAGAAACUGCCACCACCACCCCCAAGCCCUCCACCACGAAAGUCUUCACAGCACUUUAGGGAGGAUACCUCAUCGCCAAGGAGCGUGCGAAAGGUAUCACGGCCUGUUCUGCGAUCCCCUUCACCUGACCGGACCCAGUCCUCCGCUUCCCCGAGGGCCAUCCCGCCUUCACGACCCAGCCGAGAUGGCACCCCAGACAUGCAGUCACAACUAUUCAGCGCCGUACCGGUCAUCCACAGCAACCUUUCCUCCCAAUCGCUGCCGAUAGAAAGACGGGGAAGCGAGAUGUCUUCUCGGUCCGGGACAAGAGUGGUGACGGAACCCAAAAAGGCCAAGCCUGCUGAGAAGCCUCGAGCCACUCGCACACCAAGCCCUCAUGUGCCGAGCUCCUUCUCGCGGUUCCCUUUCUUUGGUCGCAAAAAGACUGCAGAGGUAAUUCAGCCGGACAAGAAGGAGAAGGAGAAGGAGAAGGAAAAAGAAGAUGAAAAGGACAAGAAGCUUGUCCGCAAAGGCCCUGCAGCUGGCACCGGCCAUGAAGGCUAUGGACGUCUCGGCACUCAUAAACGACGCAGUGGGAGCAUCAGCAAACUGGUUCGUGGAAACAAAUCGUCGCAGGAGACCCUCGCCAGCAACGACUCCUUUUUGUCCGACCGUGUCAACCCUGUGGUCAUUGCCGGAGGUGAGGUUGUCGAAAACCGAAAUGCGAGUUCAGAACUGCCUCGGACUGAGAGUUCUCAAAGUCUGAGUAGUGAUCUGCCCAAGCCUGGAAGUUCACAUGUCCGCAAAAACUCUCGGCACACCUUGUGGCCAUCACCUAUGUCACGUACCCCUCAUCCUGCCUUCAGCCCUCGCCGACCCUCUGAGAGCAGUGAGUCUGACGUUGUUACAAUGAACUCAACUAUUGCUUUUCGGAGGUCUGUUCAGCGUCUCCGGGCCUCGCCUGAGGAUCCUUUGAGACUUCCCCAUCCUAUCAACACAUCUGGCACUGCCACAUCACCUAUGACGAGCUUUGAUACCAGUGUCAUGUCAGACGACUCUCACUUUGAGUUGCAACGCGAGAUUUCUCGCGAGGCGAGACCUGCCCAUCCUGCUCCCAAGAAGCUCGUCAAGAGACCACGUUCGCCUCGGAAAUGGAACUUGUUUGGAAGGUCAACAAGUGGCCAGCAAGUUCCCCAGCAAAGCGAGAAGGUUGCUGCCACAGUCAAGAUUGUUGAGAAGAAGCCUAUGGCCUUCUAUGCUAUGAUGGACUCGUCUGAGCAAGACGACAGCGAGCCUAUGGACGUUCAAGAAGUCUUGAGGUACGCCGAAGUUUAUGGGAAGUCGCCUAGUCUUGGUGGAACCCCCGAACCCCCCCAAGAAACACCCGAGGUACCAAUUGUUCAACCAACAUCAUCGAGUACCACCACGGGCCGACGCAGCAGGCUUCCCCAGGUCGGUAGGAUCCCCAAGGUGGUGAGCAACCGGGCUGAGAAUACUGCCUCCCCCAAGAGCUUUUCUCGUCCCUUCAGGGCUAGCUUGCAACUGGAUCCUCCUAAUCUUGAGGUUCCUGACGUCGACUCGAUUGCCAAGGGCCCAACACCCCCCAAGCCAUCAACUCCUGUCCCCGAACUCACCAUGGAAGGCUCGACGAUAGGAAGCACCAACAAAACUUCGUCGCAGGGCUCGAUCUCUGGAAUGUCUCCAGGGAUUAGCCGGGUUGAAAAGGAAUUCCUAGCCUUUUCACCCAGGAAGGGCUCUGAAGGGACAAUUGGUACAUCCAGCUCCAGCUGCUCUGGGCUCCUGUCAUUCGCCGGUUCCACUGCCGUCAUUCCUCAACCCAAUGACCCCCCAGCCGAGGAUGAGGUCUGGGAUGAGUAUGAUGAUCUUCUUGGUGAGGACGCUGCCAAGGGACUACCCUCAGCUACCUCAUCAAAGGGAGUUCCUUUCCACCUUGAGAGGUAUCAGUCGAAGCUGUCCAACAAGGGGAAGCCUCUGGAAUCCCCCACAAUUGUCCUCGACGAUCGAAAGGCAGAUAGGAUGUCAAAGGCGACGACCAUUUCCAGCACCUGCAGUGCUGAUAUGACAGAGAGACUGAAGGCUGCUUUCCAACCUCACCCAAGCCCCACAGCUUCCUUUUCGGUCUCUGAGUUUGUUUCGGGCUAUGGAGACCGCAACAAGAGCACCGAGAUCGUCAAGGCGGUCACAGGAUCGCGGCGAGGCAGCCAGUCAUCUUCCGGUACAAGACGGUCGAACGGCAGCAGUUCCUCUGAGGAUGGCUCCCCACUUGCGCAAGUCAACCUACGGGUUGGUUCAAUGACGGUCAGCAAGUGGCUCACCUUUGGACAUGUGCUCUUUAGCGACGUCCGCCAUGAGCUCGUUCCCGUCGAGGGCUCUCUGAAGCGACACUCCAUCUUGGUGAUUGAUGGCCUCGGUAACGAUGACUGGUCCUUCUACGCUGCCGAAACUUACCCAGCUGCCACCUUCUUCAAUCUGUCCCCUCGAGCUCCUCUGCCCCCAGAACUCAAGAGUUCAUCCUCAAGCUUCCCUCUUAGCCCGCCAAACCACCACCAGAUCCAGUACAUGUCUCACCUCGACAAGUUUCCCUUUGCCCCCCAAAGCUUCACGGCGGUUGUCUACCGGUUCCCUGUGGCGGCGCCAGAGGCAUACUAUCGCAGCAUUCUUACAGAAGCUCGACGCGUGCUGAAGCCUGGUGGUUACAUCGAGCUCUCCAUUCUCGAUGUUGACCUGAACAAUAUGGGCAACCGAGGUCGUCGCACGGUACGCCGACUCAAGGAGAGGAUCAACGAAAAGACCCCGGAUACGAGUCUCGGCUCGACCGCGGAUCUCAUUCUGCGUCUCUUGGGCAAGGCUGGUUUCACCACUAUCAAGGCUGCGCGUGUUGGUGUGCCUGUUGCCAGCUCCGUUACUCGUCCGAACGAAGGGAAAGGCAAGACUGUCGCUAGCAAGAAGGAUCAGCCGAGCCUCUCUGAGAUGAUGAGCGACAACAGCCCCUUGGCGGACGAGGGCAUCACCAAGAUGGUUAGCCGUGUUGGUCGUUGGUGGUACACACGUUGCUACGAGAAUGCAGCGGAGAACCCCUCCGGAAGAAGCAUCUGGAGUGACAGACAUCUACUGUCCGAGUGCGAGGAGCUUGGAACAAGCUUGAAGCUCAUGGUCUGCUGUGCCCGAGCUCCACUGGAACGCAUCACCAGUGUUUGA